UGUGUGUGUGUGUGUGUGUGUGUGUGUGUGUGUGUGUGUGUGUGUGUGUGUGUGUGUGUGUGUGUGUGUGUGUGUGUGUGUGUGUGUGUGUGUGUGUGUGUGUGUGUGUGUGUGUGUGUGUGUGUCCCAAAGUAAGAUCUUAUAUUUUUAGUUGCAUCAAUUUUAACAAGUGUGGCACUCGAUAUUUGUGUUAAAUAUUUUUAGUUUUCUUUUAUCACAGACGCAUAUGGUAGAUGUUAUUUUCUUUACCUUGACAUGUUUCGACGGAUAUACUUCUUCAUCAGAAGGUCACACGGUGUACUAGUGUGACGCGUUCUUAUCAGCUGAUGUUAACGGAGAUGUGAUCCACCUGUCAGUUUUUUGACUGGUGAACCACAUCUCCUGCUGUCAGUCCGAAGCCCCCCAGGACGGCACUCCAGGUAUAGGAGAGCAUAUAUGCUCCCUCAUCUCUGUUCAUCGUUUUCGGGCUCCGCUUUCUUAUUUCAAUCGCCUCCUUUAUCCAACGGUGGUAUCGGUUGUCUUUUAUCCUUUGGAUAAAGGAGGCGUCACACUAAUACACCUGUGUGAGCUUCUGAUGAAAACGGAGGUAUAUCUGUCGAAACAUGUCAAGGUCAAGAAAAUAACAUCUACUAAUAUAUGUUUCUGUGAUGAAAUAAACAAUAAAUAUUUAUCUCAAGUGUAGACACAAUGAAUGCAUACAACUAUUGAUAGUGUUUUAUGUCAGUGUAGACUUGGGGGGGGGGGGGGGGGGGGGGGGGGGUGUAAUGGAAGGUCGCUAGCAAACAUGUAAACGUCUCAGAGCCGUCUCAAACCUUCUCAGGUGCAGCGAUCCUACGGUGUUAUGUUGUGUGCCAGGGAUGAGUCACAGUCCCUUCACACAGCUGGGGAGAUGACAAUCCAUUUCCUUUCAGCCACUGCUGAAGUCUGCCUCAAGCAGAAUGCCACCCACUUUUACCAGGGUUCAAUAUGUUUUAGCUUUUAACCUUUUAUUUGUGUUCUUUGUAGAUAGUUCAUCAUUUUUGUGAACUAUGAACAUUUGUCUUGUCAAUCAAAUCUGUGGUUGCAUUCAAAGGGAGGGAAGGUUGUUUUUCUACCUAGAAGAUGCCUCAAAGUCUACGGUAGACCAUGGGGCAAGUAAUAUGUGUUAUGCAUAUUGCUCUCUACAGGACUAACAAGAAGCCACGUGUGUUUGUAGUUCUGCAGGUUGUAGGUGGGAAAAAGGCCUUCUAUUCAAUACAAAUAUAUAGCAAUGGUCUAAACCUGUCCAACCUUUUUUCGUUUUUAAUGGCACGGUAACAUUUGAUUUUAGUAUGGUUUUAAACCUAACGCUAUCAAACCGGUUAUGUUCAUUAGCAGCUCCAGCAAUAGUCCAGUGCCUCAAAAAGGGAUGCGUAGAGAUUUGAAGGAUCUCAAAUUUAGCAUAUGAAAGGGAUUGGAUUGAAAAUGAAAAGGUAUUUGUAUUGUGUUGUUGAAGGUAUUUUGAGCCAUUGCAGUUUUUUUUUGUUAUGGAAUGAAAGUCAUUCUUCCGCCGUUUUUACUCUUCACCUCUCUUGCCCAUAUUUUAUGAGAUACUUAACUUCCCUGAUCGUUUUUUCUUGUAUUGUACUGUUCAGCUGUGUGAUCCACAGUUCUGGUCAAAUGCUAAUAAACCCUUACAUUACACAACAAAAGAUUCGGAGUGAAAUGUCACAUCAUGCGGAACCAUGCGCGUAGGAGCUGACGACCCAACAUUGCUCAUGCGUAAAAAGUGAAAUAUACAUCACAAGACAAUCGUUGAGAGGUGAUUUAAUAUUCAUGCGAGGAUGAUGCUACAGCUCCAUCUCUCUAUCACAAUAGCUCUUCUCAUUAGUUGCUCAAGGGGCUUUGAAUACAAUCCUACACUAGCAGCUGCACUCCAUAGCGCGCAAGUCACAAGGUCCACUAAACUGCGCACGACUUCCUCUGCCCCAAUUCCUCGUGUGGACCGGGGCGUACCUUCGCUUCCCAGAAUCAAAGACCAACUGGCCCAGCCAUUCCCAUUAUUUUAGCUUAUUUGUUACCCCCUCUCUCUCUCUCGACUUUCUAAAUAAGAUACAUUAAUGCACAACCCUCGCCCUCUCCGGUCGACAUGCAGAACAAUCACCAUAAGGAACAUCUCUAUAAGAUUCUUGUAAUAGGUGACUUGGGGGUCGGGAAGACGAGCAUCAUCAAGCGCUAUGUUCAUCACAACUUCAGCCCCAACUACCGCGCCACCAUUGGCGUGGACUUCGCCCUCAAAGUGCUCAACUGGGACCAGGAGACGGUGCGCCUCCAACUUUGGGACAUCGCAGGCCAGGAGAGGUUUGGCAACAUGACCCGUGUGUACUACCGGGAGGCCAUGGGAGCCUUUAUCGUGUUUGACAUGACAAGGCCCGCCUCCUUCGAGGCCAUCACCAAAUGGAAGGAGGACCUGGACUCUAAACUGAUCCUUGCCAAUGGUAAAAAUGUGGCCACCGUGCUGUUGGCCAAUAAGUGUGACCAGGGAAGGGACGCCCUAACCAACAAUGGGAUAAAAAUGGAGCAGUUCUGCCAGGAGAACGGCUUUGUGGGAUGGUACGAGACCUCUGCCAAGGAAAAUAUCAACAUAGAUGAAGCAGCAAACUGCUUGGUGAAGCACAUCAUCACCAAUGAAAAUGACAUGCUCCAAUCAGAAGAGUCCGACACAAUCUCCCCCCAAUUAGAAAAGAAUGGAGGCGGGACCUGUUCCUCUUGCUUUACAUCUCAGUAAUUUGCUUUUCAAGCAAUCAUUGUCUCUUGGUUUUUUAUCACAAAGAAUAGCAAAGUGUGUGUGUGUGCAUGUGUGUAUGUGUGGGUGUGUGUGAACGCAUGAUCACCCUUUCUGAAUCACCCUGUCCUCUUUUAAGCACACAUUUCUUCUAUUUCUAUUUCCACAUCCCUCUCCAUGUGUGUUCCUCCUUAUCUCCACAUAGGCUCGACGCCCAUCUCCUUCUCCUCCUUCCUCAGACCAAUUACAAUCCAAAGUGCGAAGCUAUGGCCCAUCCCAAACAAUCCCUCAAAAUGGCUCCUCAUCCUACCUCAUUCAAAGAUUAGACCCUUUCUCUAAACGUGGUGUCACACAAUCCUUUAUUUUAAUGUAAUCUGCACGUUGAUCAUCGACACUAUGACAUUUUGAAUAAGGGAGUCUGAUCAUUUCUGCAUCCAAUAUUGUAAAGUGUUAAACCGCCUAUUUUGAUUAUAUUGACGCGAUUCAAUUGCAUUUAUUUAAUGAACUUUUUGGCGCAACGCACACAGCCGCCUGAUGUCUAGGGGCAAGUCAGGCUCACUGUUAUCUUCAAUCGAUCUACCCACACAAGCGGUGCCAAACACCCUCCCUAGUGAAAAUGUAUGGUGUCCAAUGGGCUUUGGGAGCCUGAAUCUCUCACGCAGAGCACCAUGGGAGUGGCUGUGUGUGCUGCACUCACAUGUUGGAAAUACUUAACAAUGUGACUUCCUAACUUUGGCAUGGCCUGUUUUAUAAAUAGAAUGAAUAUAACUCUUAUUUAUCUGAUAUUCUCUCUGCAACUCAUACCCAUCAUGGGAAUAUUGCUCAAUAUUUAUAAUAUACAUCUACUACAUAAAACAAGAAAUGUUCCAUCCUUUUAAUUUUUUUUAUUAUAUUGGUUUUUGUAUAUCAACUUUCAAUUUUUAUUGUAUGGCUCAUAUGUUGUAAUAUUUGUUAUAAUAUAAUAAACCGAUCAUAUACAGAUGUACAUAUGAUAUAUUUAGCCCAAAGUAAAGAGUUAUACACUAGAGUUGACCAGUGUUAGACAUGUUAAUAAAAUCAAUUAAUAAAACCAUA